GUGUGUUUAUUUUCUUUCCACAUUACGAGAAAAGUCGCUCCAAAGCAAAGAUGUGCAACGCGUAAUUUUCCCCAGCCCAGUGUUUGGAAAAGUGAUAAACCCAUCAGGAAUCGACGCUAAACGCCCGGCAUACGCUUGCACUUUUCCCUCUUUGUCCGGAAUACUAUGGCCAUAUCGUUGUUCCAGUGGAAUAAAGUGGUAAAAAUUGGCGGCUCCCGUGAAAAGUGGUCCUCUUCUUCGUUGAUUGUGAUUCGUUACUCGGACCGUGAACUAGGCAGCGACUACUGAUAAGUUUUCAAGGUCAUCUGCAAUUUGGACACUAAUCGGCCGGAAAUGGACUCGACCGGAGACGCUGGCAAGGAGGACGAUGAUGAGAGUUCCUCCUCCUUGAACGGAGUGGUGCCGGAGAGGAAGGGCAGCAGCAGUUCCGAAACCAUCCAAUCGGCCCUGGACGAGUUCCGCGUCAGAUGGCAGCAGGAGUUGAAGAAGGACGGCACGCCCAGUGGUUCCCCCCUGAGGGAGAAAACUCGCCCCACUGGUAAUGCGGGAUUGGACAGAGAUAAGGGAAAUCUAUCGAUUGAACAACAGGCGCGUUCACUAUUUCUGCAAGGGUCGGAACUGGAACAUUCAGGCAAAGUUUUCGAAGCGAUGAGACUCUACCGAAAGGCGGUACAGUUGGUACCUGAUAUCGAGUUCAAAAUCUACGACAUUACAAAGCAACAGGACCAGAACUCCGGAACCAUGGACUUGGAAAUUGAAAAGCUGUCCAACGGCUUGCUCCAAGCGGAUUUGGAGGAUGACGAAAACCUGGAGAACGUUGAUCUGGUGCUGCGUUUUCAGUCCUUGCUGUCCAAAUCCGGCAAACUGUUCGAAAGCGCAUCAGCUGCCGAUAAGAUGCUGAUUGUGACAUCCGCCCACUUUUCGGAUCUCCCGAUGGAGGUGAUCCUGUACAUCCUGCGGUGGGUUGUGUCGAGCGAGCUGGAUCUCAAGUCGAUGGAACGUUUCGCGCGAGUAUGCCGAGGAUUCUACCUGCUGGCAAGAGAUUCGGAGAUUUGGAAACGGGCUUGCGUGAGGAUAUGGGGCGUCAACGUUGGCCACCUGAAGGGAUCACCAUUUGUAACAUGGCGCGAAAUGUACAUCAAUCGACCGCGGGUUCACUUCCACGGAUGCUACAUCAGUCGAACCAGUUAUCUGCGCUACGGCGAGAACAGUUUCCAGGAUCAGUUUUACCGCCCGGUUCAGUUGGUUGAGUAUUAUCGCUACUUCCGGUUCUUUGCCGAUGGGAAGGUGCUGAUGCUCACCAGCGCGGAUGAACCACAGGCUUGCGUUGGGAAGCUUAAGAAUCGUUACGCGCUGCAAGCCGAGACACUUCAUGGUCACUAUCGACUACAUAACGAUGAAGUGAUCAUUGCGGUGCAGCGUAAUCGGUCCAACAUGCAAAGUCAACGUCCGGGACGCAAGAAGGAAAUCACGGGAGAGUACGGUCAGCAGACGUUCUACCUAGAGUUGAAUAUUGUCAGCAGCGCAAAGCGAGCCUUCUCGCAGUUGCACUGGAAGCAGUAUUCGAUGGUACAAGUGCGCAACGACCAAGAGAGAACCACUGUCUUUGAGCUGGCGCCGAACAAAUAUCCUCCGCUCUACUUUUCGCGCGUCAAGAGCUACCACCAGGAAUCGGAGGGCCCCCUUAAGUAGCUUUCCGCAAUCACUGCUUAUAGCUAAACAUAUUUGUCAGAACACUAACACAGCUGAGGUAAGUAUGGUAAAA